AUGAAGGACGAAUCUGGGCAUAUAUUCUACCGUUUCGGUAGUGAACGAAACAUAUGGCGUGAACUACAGCUAGAUACGAAUGCCGGAGUUCUAAUAUCGGAUUUAAAGAUCAUGAUCGCACAGGAAACCAGUUUAAUGAGGGAGUUUGCCAGGAAAACCAACUUGCUGAUAUCACUGUACGACGAUAACAAGCCAGAUGAACUCCAGCCUCUAGAUGAUAACAUCGUGGUUCACACCGGGUCAAGGCUAAUAAUCAACAGAGUUGCCUGGACGCCCAGUAAGCCGAUUGUGCACGAAGCAAAGACCCAGAUUGAACCUGACUUUGCUGGAGAUACGAAAAAGUUGAAAAAGUUUCCAAUUUCCCUCAUCUGUCAACUGUGCCAUAAACCCCUAAAUCAGCCUUUCCUUGUAAAAUGUUCAGCAAGGUGCGGAUGCAGCGGAUGUAAAAACUGCCUCCAGGAGUGUUUGGGAGAGAGCCUGCCGGAUUUCGACGAAAAGUCAACGAACGAUGAACCGUUUGAAAUUUAUGACCUGGAGGAUAAAAAGGCGUGCCCAUUCUGCGGCCACGGGUUCGUGAGUGCGUGCGUGAAAAAUAGAAAGAUGCAAACGCUGCUAAACGGGCUGGACCUGGAGUGCUUUGAACUGCCGGACCAAGUGGACCUGUACUUCCCGUCAUUUAUACACAGGUUCGGAAGUAACGUAGACUAUCCCACGCACUUCGUACUCGAGAUAGACCAGGACCUGUACGACGUGGUCGCUGAGAAGAUGCUCAUGCCGAUCUACGGAGACAGUUUGCUGGAUGUGCGGGUUAAAAAGUACGAAGUGCCAGCGGCCAGUGAGACGAAGAUAGAGCUGGACCUUAAUAACAUGGACGAGUUGAAGGUGGAGGACCUGGAGAUCAAAGUGAAGCAGGAAAGAAUGGAGCUAGAGUCGAAAAUAUAUGAGCCAGUGGAAGAACCGGAAAAAAGGAAGGAGGAAGAGGAAGAGGAAGAUGAGGAGAGGAGCGUUAUCGCAAUAGUGCUCUCGAGGGUCUCGGGAGCGUUCUCGCUGACGGUGUGCGGCAUCAUCAAGUUCCUCUCGGAGUACCCAGACGUCGAGUUCCUGAACAACACAGGAGCGAGAACGUCGCUGAAGUUCCAGUGGAUCAUGCACAGAGAGUUCACAAUGCCACUCACGGCGCUGAAGGAGCCGCUGCUGACGGUGCUCGGAGGGAAGCGCUAUACCAACGUCGCACUAAACCAGAACUCGGAAAUACGCUGGAGGCUGAAGAACCCGAAGAUGAUCGAGGCGGGCAUUGAGCCGAAGUGCUACAACAACAUCCUGCUCACAGUGUUCCCGAAGUCGGUCGAAAUCGAGGAAAACCUGGAGAAGUGCAAAAGAAGCUGGAUUGAAACGUGCUACCCGAAGGGGCCGGUACCACUGUACAUGACAGAGAAGGGCGCGAUUCUCAAAAAGGAGGAGAUCCUGGGGGACACGAAGGUGGACUACCAGAACCCGUACCUGGGAUACACGGCGAUCCUGCCCUUUUUGAGCAAGUCGCAGUUCGACCAGGUCAGAAUGACGCAAAGGAGGGUGAAGGAGCGCUUCCUGAACGACCUGACCACGCAGGUGAUCUGCAGCACGCACCCCGACAAGGGGAAGGCAAUACUGGAGAAGGCGAGUAGGAACGUGUGGAAGUCACAUUUGAAGUACGCACUAAGUGAAGAGGAUUUGUAA